AUGGCUGACGAGAAUCGAGCCGAUGGCCUGCGAAAGUCCAUGGAGGGGAUGGUGGAUCAGCUAGACAAGCAGGCGAUGCGGCCAUUACAGAAGGCGUCGUUCCUAUGCCAGGCCAAGUGCUGCGACACGGCGCCGAGCCAAGCUGCGCUGCAGCAGUGCUGUGGCGACUGCGAGCAGCGUGUGGUGGUGGCCAACCAGAUCAUUAACACGAGCAUUAGAGAAUUCCAGGAUCGCCUGCAGCGGUGCGUGCAGCGGUGCCAAGACAAGGCGCAGGAGCAGCUGUCGGCGACCCCAUCUCAAAAGGAGGUUGAGAAGGCGCAGAAGCUGCUGAGCACAUGUGCCGCCGACUGCGCCCAGGAGUACGAGAAGCAGGUGCCCAAGCUGCACAAGGACAUCACUGCGCGCCUGCAGCAACUCAAGUAG